AUGGAUUCAAGAGACUAUGCUUUGUUAUCUACUUUAGGGUUUGAUAUUAUGAUCUUUGGCAUGCUGGUAGUUUUGUUUUUAAUUUAUCGCCAAUACAGAAGUAAGCAUAUAUACUCUUAUUAUUGGUAUCUUACCCAAAAAUUAGACUUUGGCUAUAGAAGUUUAUGAAUUAUUCACAAUAAUUAAGAAUAUAUUCAAACAACCCUAAUAUUAUCCCUAAAAAUGCUGUAUUUUCAGAAUCCGAUAACUCAUUGAAAAUUCUCCUAAUAAAGGUAUGAAAUACAAGCCUAUAUGACAUCUAUGACAAAUGUGGACUCGAAGCCUACAUGUAUAUGGCUGUUCACAUACAAAUCAUUAUUGGGCUUACCGUAAUGUGCUUUUUUGGGGUGAUCGUGCUGGUUCCGAUUUAUUCUCAAGGUGACCAAACAGAAGGAUCAAUAAUACUUAAAACAGGGAUUUCCAAUGUUUUGGAUGACGAAAGUUACCUUGUAGCAAGCAUUGUAUUCUUUAUCUUUUUUUCUCUUUUAGGGUAUAGUUUGGUAUAUAUUGUAUUGAAAACUGUUUCAAUUAAAGCUCAUCCUAAUAAUAUCAGAAAUUUUAAUUAUGUGCUAGAAAUCAGUGGACUUCCAAGGCAAGAAGCAAUUGAUAAAAUUUAUGAUAAAAUAUAUUUUACUCUACAAAAGGAAUUUGCUGAUGAAUUUCUUGGACUUUAUGUCGUGCCAAAUCUUGCUCAAAGCUACAUUGCCCACAAAAACUUGCUUGAUGCUGAAGAAAAAUUAGAACAUUAUAAAAAAUAUCAAGAGUCUCAUCACUCCCGCAAAGAAAUCCGUACAGGAAUUUUUAAAACCGAAGAUGCAAUUGAAUAUUAUGAGUCAUUAAUUAAAAAAUGCCAAAAAGACUAUAAAGAUAACCUAAAAGAGAAACGAAUAGGAAACUCUGGAUUUGCUUAUGCCACUUUUAGGACGACUGAAUCUGCUGCAAGGGCUAAAAGGCAUUUAAUGGAAAUGAAAAAAAUGCUGAACUGAGUUGUUAGGACUGCUCCUGCACCUGAAGAAAUUAAAUGGGAAAACAUGGAAGAAGAUUAUGAAGUUUUAAAAUGGCAGAGGUGGCUGCUGAUGAUCUUUUUUAUUAUUUUGUUUUUUAUUUUUGUCACACCAGCAGGAUUUUUGUACUUGGUAAAGGAAGGCUUAUCAAGUUUUAAUGGUGAACAAUUUGUGCAUGGCUUAUUUAAAGAUAAUUUCCCAACUUUGGUAUUAUUAUUUUUCCAAGCUGUAAUUGUGAAUUACUCUGUAAGAUACAUAGUUCAAAAAGAACAAAGAGUUCAUCUAUCUGUGGAGACUACAAGUAGGCUUGUAAAAUACCUUCUUUUUAUGGGCUUUUAUAUUUUCCUGCUUCAAGCUUUAGGGUCACAGACUCUCAUUCAGCUGACCCUUGAAGGAUUUUGGGGAUCGUGGGGUAUGAGACUUCCGAUUGCUAUCACUCAGACAGGGGUAUUUUUCACUAUUUUUAUCAUAAACCAAGCAUUUCUAGCUAAUGGUUUUGAUUUACUGCAACCAAUUAUAAUUAUAGUCACAAAGUUUAGACUAUCAUUUGCAGAAACUGAAAAAGAAAAAUUGCUUGCCCAAGAAGCUUUACCCUUUGAUUUUGCUUAUGAAUUUGCACUCUCUCUUAACUCUUUACUCAUUGUUUUGUGCUACUCAAUAGUUUUCCCAAUUAUCAUGAUCUUUGGGCUGAUACAUUUUACAUUUAAGGUAAAAUUUAUUUAGUUUUUUGUCCACAAAUAUUUGAUUUUGUGUGUAAAUUACACCAAUAGGACCUCAACAGGAAUUUCUAUGCCCAGAGUCUGCUUAACUUCAAUUGCCACUUCUCUGUUUGUUUUCCAAUUUUUGACUGGGCUGAUUUUUACUGCUAAUAACUCAAGCUCAAUUCGAAAGACUGGAGGAGUUCUUAUAUUCAUUUCAGCAGUCCUUUAUAUUUUCCUUGUAUACAAUAUUCAUAGAGUCCUCAAAAAAGCAAUGAGCUGAAUAAAUGUUUUUCCUAAUUCUGAAGAAUACAUGUUGAGAUCAUCUUUUAUUGAGUAUGAUGAAAACUUGUAUAUUCAUCCAAUUGAAAAAAAGCUUAAAGAAUCCGCAAGAUAA